AAAGCACUAAAAAACGCAGCUAUGUUGGCUCAAGCCAUUUUGGUUCGAGCUUUCGUCUCGAGUUCUUGGUGUAGGUUCGCCAAGCUGAACCUCUUCGUGGCCGCCUCUCGUUGCAAUAUCAUGGCCCAGGUGCGUAUCAACGUGGCUUUCGGCUUCGCUGGCCGCAAAGCAGCCAUCACGGCGAAUUCUGCGUGGGUGCUGCAGGACAUCUUGGCUCACGUCUCAUCUCGCGACGCCAACGCCUCCUGCGUCUGGAACCGUGCCUUCUUCGGAGCGGCAGAGCUGGCUGGGCAGUCCACCUUGGGCGACCUCGGAGUGGCCGACGGCGACGUGCUGACGCUCGUGGCGUCCCCGCUCCCGCCGGUGCUAACCACGGGCAUAGCAGGGGAGGCGAAGCUUUGGAACGCGACCUCGGGCGAGUGCCUGCACGUGCUGGCAGGGCAGAGGGGCGUGUAUUCGUCCGCGUUCUCUCCGGGCGGCCUCGUCGUGGCCACCGCCUCCCUCGACGCGACGGUGAAGGUGUGGGGCGUGGCGUCUGGCGAGUGCCUAGCAACGCUGCGGGGCCACACUGGCUGUGUGUUCUCCGUCGCUUUCUCUCCAGAUGGGCAGGCGGUGGUCACAGCUUCCGGGGACGCCACGGUGAAGACUUGGAGUGCCAGCACAGGCGAAUGCCACUGCACGUUCCAGGGCCCCGAUAAGGGUAUGAAUUCCGCCGUGUUCUCCCCAGACGGUCAGUCGAUCGCCGCCACCUCCGCAGACGGGACGGCAAGAAUAUUGUGCACCAGUUCGGCCCAGUGCUUGCGCACGUUACUGGGCCACCGGGGCUCCGUGAGCUCACCAGCGUUCUCUCCGGACGGCCACGUGCUCGCGACGGCGUCCAGCGACAACACGGCGAGGCUUUGGGAUGUCAGUUCGGGGCAGUGUUUGUGGACGCUGCGCGGACACAGCAGCUUCGUGAAGUCCAUCGCGUUCUCCCCGAGCGGCCAGUCUGUGGUCACCGCCUCUGGUGACGGUACGGCGAAGAUCUGGAGCACAAGCUCGGGCGCGUGCUUGCGCACGCUGUGGGCGUCUGGCGCGGACGCGAAGUCCAAGGCGACGUCCGCCCAGUUCUCGCCAGACGGCCGGGCGGUGGUCACCGCCACCACGAACGGCGCAGCUCGGAUCUGGGCCACGGACUCGGGGAGGUGCCUGCGCACGCUGUCGACCUGCCCGCGCGGGGUGGACUCGACAAAGUUCUCUCCGGACGGCCGGGCAGUGGUCACCGCGUCCAGGGACGGCCAGGUGCGGGUCUGGGGCGUGGGCUCCGGAGAGUGCUGGUGCGUCCUCGAGUCCAGCGACCGGGCAGACGUGGUGCUCGCCGCCUUCGCUCCCUCGUGGUGAGGACCUCGCUCAAGCCGCCACGCGCCUGGCAUGGAGAAUGUGAUGUGGAGGAGGAGAUGAGAUAUGCCCAGAGGCGGACCAGAGAGCUCCUGAUUUUUAGGAGCGGCCCAUGAUUCGAUAUCACUCAGGCCGUUACGAUGAUGCCUCGAUCCUUGCUAGCCUGCCUUGAGCAGUCGAGCUCUCGUCGGGCUGCCCGCACCGUAAGUGGGCGCUCCGUGCGCCACAUGCGAUUCGAAUGUCUGGAGGAAACACGUAUGCGGAGGAGG